CUUUAGAGAUUUAACUCAUAUAGGUUUGGUGAGUGAAAAUGGCGUCAAAUGAGGGAUUUCUAACUGACGAGCAGAGGGAAAUGUUGAAAAUUGCUAGCCAAAAUUUGGAGAUUUUAUCAUCGUCUCCGAAGUCUCCAUCAUCAUUGCUGUCUGACCAUCAGUUGAAAGUUCCUGUUGCUGGUAAAGCACCCACUGCUGGAAUUGCGGUAAGGCAUAUGCGUAGGUCACACUCUGGAAAGUGUGUUCGCGUGAAGAAGGAUGGUGCUGGUGGCAAGGGAACGUGGGGCAAACUUCUUGACACUAAUGUGGAUUCUCAUAUAGACAGGAAUGACCCUAACUAUGACAGUGGAGAGGAACCAUAUCAACUUGUGGGAGCAACCAUCUCAGACCCCAUGGAUGAUUACAAAAAAGCUGUUGUUACCAUCAUAGAGGAAUACUUCAGUGCUGGUGAUGUGGAGGGGGCUGCAUCUGACCUUAGAGAACUUGGCUCCAAUGAAUAUCAUCCUUAUUUCAUAAAGCGGCUUGUUUCCAUGGCCAUGGAUAGGCAUGAUAAGGAGAAAGAAAUGGCUUCAGUUCUGCUUUCAGCACUAUAUGCUGAUGUUAUUAGCCCAGCUCAGAUUAGGGAUGGCUUUGUCAUUCUUCUUGAAUCUGCUGAUGACCUUGCUGUCGACAUACUAGAUGCAGUUGCUAUCCUUGCUUUAUUUGUAGCUCGUGCUGUGGUUGAUGAUAUCCUUCCUCCGGCUUUCCUCACAAGAGCAAAGAAGACACUUCCUGAAUCCUCCAAGGGAUUUCAGGUUAUCCAAACUGCAGAAAAGAGCUACCUCUCGGCUCCACAUCACGCUGAACUUGUGGAGAGGAGGUGGGGAGGUAGCACUCACAUCACUGUUGAAGAAGUGAAGAAAAAGAUUGCUGAUCUGUUGAGGGAAUAUGUAGAGAGUGGUGAUACUGUUGAAGCAUGUAGGUGCAUAAGGGAGUUGGGCGUUUCAUUCUUCCAUCAUGAAGUGGUGAAAAGGGCUUUGGUUCUUGCCAUGGAGAUUCGAACAGCUGAGCCACUUAUAUUAAAGUUGUUGAAGGAAGCUGCUGAGGAAGGCCUGAUUAGUUCCAGUCAAAUGGGAAAAGGGUUUGCUAGGUUAGAAGAGAGUCUCAAUGACCUUGCUCUUGACAUUCCGUCUGCAAAAACCUUGUUCCAAUCGCUUAUUCCCAUAGCCAUCUCUGAAGGAUGGCUUGAUGCUUCUUUCACAAGAUCGUCGGGUGAAGAUGGAAAUGUACAAAAAGAAAGUGAAAAGGUAAGGCGGUACAAGGAAGAAGUCGUGACCAUAAUUCAUGAGUAUUUUCUUUCAGAUGACAUUCCUGAACUCAUCCGAAGUCUUGAAGAUCUGGGGGCUCCUGAAUUGAACCCAAUAUUCCUGAAGAAGCUGAUCACCCUUGCUAUGGACAGAAAGAAUAGAGAGAAAGAAAUGGCAUCAGUUUUGCUUUCUGCUCUUCACAUUGAGAUCUUUUCAACUGAAGAUAUUGUAAAUGGCUUUGUCUUGCUACUCGAAUCUGCAGAAGAUACAGCAUUAGACAUUCUGGAUGCUUCAAAUGAGCUUGCUCUUUUUCUGGCGAGGGCUGUGAUUGAUGAUGUCCUGGCUCCUCUGAAUUUAGAAGAGAUUGGCAGCAAGUUGCCACCAAAUUGUAGUGGGAGUGAGACUGUGCAUAUGGCUCGAUCACUCAUUGCUGCCCGUCAUGCUGGUGAGAGGAUCCUUCGGUGCUGGGGAGGUGGGACUGGCUGGGCCGUGGAGGAUGCAAAGGACAAGAUAAUGAAGCUCCUAGAAGAGUAUGAAAGUGGGGGCGUUGUAGGUGAAGCUUGCCAGUGUAUCCGUGAUCUUGGAAUGCCUUUUUUCAACCAUGAGGUGGUGAAGAAGGCGCUAGUUAUGGCUAUGGAGAAGAAGAAUGAUAGGAUGCUUGACCUGUUGCAGGAAUGCUUCAGUGAAGGGUUAAUCACUAUCAAUCAGAUGACGAAAGGGUUUACCAGGAUCAAGGAUGGUCUCGAUGAUCUGGCCCUUGACAUUCCAAAUGCAAAGGAGAAAUUCAGUUUCUAUGUUGAGUAUGCCCAGAAGAAAGGGUGGCUGCUGUCAUCAUUUGGUUCAUUGGCCGCAGAUGCUUCGCCCAUCACAGUGGCAGCAACUUGAGAAGAGAAGAUUAUAUCUUCCAUUUGUAUCUCUCUUGUAUGUUGUUGCCCAUUACGAUUACCUCUUGUACUGUUAAAUGGAAGUUGAAAGGUGGAUAGGUAGAUGAUCUGGGAUAGUUGGGUUCCUUCAGAUGUUUUCUUUUUUUGGUGAUCAUCCGAUGGAGAUUCUUAUGAUCCCAUCCAGUGUAUAAAGUUGGUGCUUUAGGAUCAUGUCAGUAUCAAGAAGUAUUAUGUUGAUUUAGAUUUUUAGAAAAUGGGCGGUAUGAUAUGAUAUUCCUGAGACAUCCGCUAUAUGAUGUUAAGAUGAUAUUAUUUCUACUUUCAAAUA